AUGGCCGCAUUACCGGCAUUUUCAGGAAUUCAUGGAUCUCUCUGCACUCAAGAGAGUGAUAUUCCGGCCUCUGAUUUAUUAAGUAGAACUCGUAAUGAUGCCUCUCCAAACAUCACUCCUAGCAUUGCUCCUGAAGCUAUGUUGCCUUUGCAAGCACCUUCACCAUUGAUGCCAUUUACAUACACUAAUGUGCCAAAGUUAUCAGGACAUUGUGCUUUCAAUUUUACAGCUGCAGAUACUAUUUUGAGAACAACAGCAACAGAUUGCUGGUCUACGCUUGCUCCAUAUCUUGCUAAUGUGGUGUGUUGUCCUCAAUUUGAUGCCAGCCUAGUGGUUCUUGUAGGGCAGGCCAGCAGUCAGUCACAAAGUCUUGCACUCAAUGUGACUCAUGCUAGGCACUGCCUUUCGGAUGUUGAACAGAUUCUAGAAAGUCAAGGUGCCAGUGAGGAACUUCUUGAGAUUUGUUCUGUGGAUCCCUCCAAUCUUACAGAAUCAUCUUGUCCUGUUAUAGAUGUUAACGAAAUCGAAAACAGUUUAGAUACAUCGUCUUUGCUGACUUCUUGUCGAAAAAUAGAUCCAACUAUUGAGUGCUGCAACCAAGUUUGCCAGAAUGCUAUAUCUGUUGCAGCUGAAGUUUUAGCUUUCAGGCAUAAAAAUGUGACAACCUCCAAUGGUGCCCCUGACUUGUCGGAGGAAUCAACUCUUAUAAGUGACUGUAAGAGCAUUAUAUUACGAUGGAUGGCCAGCAAGUUUGAUCCUUUUUCAGCUAAUAGAAUCAUCAGAGUACUUUCAAGCUGUGAUAUAAACAAAUCAUGUCCAUUGGUGUUUCCGGACAUAAAGAACAUAUCCAAAGAAUGUGGAGAGGAUACAAGUAAUCCGACAUCCUGUUGCAACGCACUGAAUAGUUACUUGUUGCGCUUGCAACAGCAAAGCUUCAUCACAAAUCUCCAAGCUUUAACUUGUGCUACAUUGCUUGGCAAGAAGUUGCAAGAAGCAAAUAUCAUCAGUAAUAUUUUUGACCUUUGCCAUGUAAACCUCAAGGAUUUUUCUCUUCAAGUGGAUGAAAAAGAAUCGGGUUGCCUCUUGCCUAGCUUGCCGACAGAUUUAACAUAUGACCAGACUUCAGGAAUUGGCUUCAUUUGUGAUCUUAAUGAUAAUGUGGCAGCUCCUUGGUCCUCACCAUAUUCUGGUGCUGCUUCCACCUGCAACAAGACAGCUGCACUUCCAGAACUUCCCAAAGCAACAUCCUCUCAGCUCAGUAAAGGAAUCUACAUGAAAGAUAUGGUGUAUGCCCUGCUUUUUGCUUCAUCAUUGGCCAUCCAGUUGCUAAUUUAAGUCUUCUGGAUCACUUGAAUUUUCAUCAAAGAAAUAUAAUAUAUAUAGUAACACUUAUAGACAACUUUUUUGUUUUGUUUUGUGGGGUUGGGACAACUUGGGAGAUACAACAUGAUUCGAACCCCCAA